AUGUCGACGAAUGGUACAACUGAGCGAGUUUCUUGUGGCAUGGAUCUGGCUUUUUCUAGUGAUUUGAAUAGUGAUUUGGAUCAAUCAUUAGAUCUGGGUUUUGAUUUUAUAUGUGUACCUAUUGUUCAUCCUAGGUUAACACGAGACUUUUUUCAUGAAAAGGUAAAAAAUCGAGUUGGACCACUUAGCAGAUCAGAUUUUUUAUUAAGCAGUCAAGAUUGGACAACUUUGAUUGUUGCAAAGAUAACUCCAACAUUACAGUUGGAUUCAAUGAAUGAGAUUGUUAGGCAUAAUGCUGAACAUUCUUUCAAUCAAGAAGUUGCCCUAGCGAAUCAUCUUGGUCUGCCUGCCAUAAUGGUUCAGUUGAAAAAUAUGAAUAAUAUAAACCUUGCAAGAAACGUUAAUGCCAUUGCUAUUAACUCCCAUUUCACUUUAUUUUGGGUGAAAGUUCCAAUGACAGCUCCAAUUGUUCUAUGUGAUGAUAUUUUUAAUGGUGGUUUGGAUUUAUCCACUGCUGAAAAUUCAAACAAUGAUUCCUGGAAAUGGUGGAAUCAGUUGAGAAUCUUGUGCAAUUACAAUAAAAAACUUAUUUUAGUUUUAGAGAUAACUGCAGAUCUGCCAUCUGAUGCUGAAAUCACUCGCUGGUUAGGAGAACCUGUGAAAGCAAUUAUAUUAUCCACAAAGUUGUUCUUAACAAACAGAAAAGGUUAUCCUGUCUUGCCAAGAAGUCACCAAUUAUUACUGAAAAAAUUUUUCAAACUAGAUGUUCAGUUAGUUUUAACUGGCAAAAAUCGUCACAAAAGUAAAGGCUUGUCAUGUUAUAAAUUAUAUUUGGAUCAUUUAUUUCAGCAAAGAGAAAUGCCCGAUCAAAUAUCUAAAUUUUCUAAGGGAUAUGAGGAUUAUCUUCAAUGUCCUCUUCAGCCGUUAAUGGACAACCUUCAAUCACAAACGUAUGAAAUUUUUGAAAAAGAUCCUGUGAAGUACACAAGUUAUCAGCAAGCAAUUUAUUUAGCUCUAUUGGACAAGGUCAAAGAGGAAUCAAAAGAUAAAAUAGUUUUAACUGUUAUGGUUCUUGGAGCUGGCAGAGGGCCUCUGGUCACAGCAGCAUUAAAAGCAGCUGCAGAAGCUAAAUGUUUGAUUAAGGUUUAUGCUGUUGAAAAAAAUCCAAAUGCUGUUGUUACUCUUGAAAAUUUAAAAAGUGACUUUUGGGGUGAUAAAGUUACAAUAGUUUCUUGUGAUAUGAGAUUUUGGGAACCUAAAGAGAAAGCUGAUAUUAUAAUAAGUGAACUUUUGGGUUCUUUUGGUGAUAAUGAGCUUUCUCCUGAAUGUCUAGAUGGAGCAGAGAGGUUUUUGAAACCUAAAUGUAUUAGCAUACCAUGUUCGUAUACAUCCUAUGUGGCGCCACUUCAAUCUUCUAAGUUAUGGAAUGAAGCUAAGUUAUGCAGAGAAUCAGGCAAACCUGUAGAUUCUCAGUUUGAAACUCCAUAUGUUGUUCGCUUGCACAAUUCACAGUUGAUUUCUGAUCCUCAACCUCUUUUCACAUUCGACCAUCCUAGAAGAGAUGUUACUGGUUCAAAUUUUAUCAUGAUGAAACAAAAUUUAUCCAAUGAACGAUAUGGUGAGUUAAAGUUUCCAGUUGCUCUUGACACAGUCUUGCAUGGGUUUAGUGGUUAUUUCCAUUGCAUCUUAUACAAAAAUGUGUCAAUUAGCAUAGUUCCAGACACACAUACACCCGGUAUGUUCAGUUGGUUUCCAAUUUAUUUUCCACUCAAAGAACCAAUUUUGCUGAAAAAGACUGAUAUAUUAACAGUUCACUUUUGGAGGUUGGUCAACGAAAAAAACGUUUGGUAUGAAUGGUGCACAUCUACUCCUCAACAAACUCAUAUACAUAACCCUAAAGGCAGAUCUUAUAUUAUUGGACUUUGA